GGGAGUGCACUUUCGUCAAAAUCAGAGCAGGAAAAGGGCUUAGGGUUUUUCUGGGCCAGUGAGCGGGCGUGGCAGAAACUGUCGAACUUGCUGUUAACUUCACUGCGUUGUCGAGAGCUAUGGAAUGCCUCUUUUUCGAUCGUGGUUUCACAGUGUGAGGUGCUCGACAUGCGAGUUUCCUGGCAUUUCCUGCAAUGAAGGGUAGAGGCAAGCCGCGGAAUGUUGAUGGAGACAGGGCUCGUGGGCCUGGUCUGUCGAAAUUCAAGCCUCAGCAGAGAGCCAAGAAAAAGCUCGGCGGGGGAGGUCUGAGUUUGGAGGCCUUCGUCGGAGCCAAGAGCAAGCCGGCCAUCAACCCUGCUCAAAUCCGAGAGCACCGGGAGUUUUAUCAGAAUGCCAAGAAGGUCAAUCAGUACAAAAAAAUCGUCAAGCAGCUUAACGAGCAAGGACAAGUCUCAGGCGCUGAAACUCGCGAACAAGUUCGCGAUGAAGUCAGAGAUGCAGUUGAGGGUAGCCGAGCGCCAAAAAGGGCUGGUGCAAUUAGAAAACCGCUCUUCAUUAAGGGUAAUCAGAGCCUUCAGUUCAAGAUGCAAAGAAAGAUUGAGAAGAGACAACGAGAAGAACGAGGACCUACGCAGCUGGAAAAAUUGAGUGAAGAGGUUCAGUCGAAGAAACAGGAAGAGGAAAGAGAGAGAAGGGAGAGAGAAGAGCAGUUUUCCAGGGAAAAAGAUGCCAGAGAGAAAGCAAAGCGUCAGCGGAAAGAGGCGCAAAACAAAAUGAGGAAGAAGACAGGUCGGGGGCAGCCAGUCAUGAAGCACCGCAUGCAACACCUGUUGGAAACCCUCCAACGGGAAUGAUUGGACCCGGUGUUUCCACACGAGGAUGACAGAGCUUGUGUCACCUUCAGUCGCUGGCCACUCGGCGAGGCGGGCAGUCUAGUACUGCCACGAGGAAGAGCUUAUCUGCUCAUUGCAUUUCUGCUCCAGCCUUCUUCAGCAAUGCUGGGCACUCUGUUCGAUGCUGUUGAAGACACCUUCGGCCUUUCGUGAAUCAGCGGUCUUCUGUAGCUUCUGUUCGAAAUUGUCCUCUUAAGUUCUUAACUGCCAACCAUUGCACCUUAAGAUAGACGUGAACAGAGGAGGUAGACAGAGGGUUUUUGGUCCAAAGAGCAUGGUCUUGGUCUUGCCUAAAAAAAUUCCACCUUCGCUGGACAAUGUAGUCUCCGUUGGUUCUCAUAAACGUGGUGGCUAACGAAGAAGGUUCAUGUGUCUGAACCCUGAGGAGGUUUUCUUCACUGUGCCUCAAGAGUGGAAGUACGAAUGGCAAGUUAGCUCUAACGUCCUUACUCCCUCUUGGUGGGGUGACAAAAUUGUUCCAGGUGCGGCUCUGGGACAUUGCAGCUCGGAGCUCCUGGGUGUUGUUCUUUGUUACGCAAUGCACCUCAAGCGGUGCUGGGUAUGAUUGAAAGGAGCAGGUGCUGAGGACAGUGGGUGAUACUGAUGUCAUGCUGGCGAUUUGUUUGCUCAAGGCAAUUGUCAGUUUUUUUCUUGAUUCUUACGCCUGAAAAUCUAAGAGGUCAUCAGUAACUGAGGGAAUCUAAGCGGAUCUACACAUCAGCAUGAAUUUUGUAAGUCCAUGUGUGUAAAAAGUGUAAUAAAGAAGGGAUUUGUUUGCUUUGAAAUCUCAUUUGAAUGGUUAUACUCUGGAGAUCGUGCAUCGAGGACUAUUUGUGUGCUGUGUUCCAUAGCAAAAAUGACUGGUGCCGUUGAGUUGCUCAUUCUCUUCUUUCUAAACUGGAGUUCUUGUUAUGGGCGCGUCUAUUUGUUUUUUACUGUGGUU